UAUACUAUUAUAGGACCUAAUUUAAACGGUUUUAUAUAGUUUAUGGGUGAAGAUUUCUAAUAUUAGGAUUUAGGAAUAUCUCCUAAACUCGAUGUAAAGUCGAGGGACGACGGUCGAACUUGUUCCAAGAAAAAAUAAAAAGAAGAAAUUCGCGUGAGAUCCUGGCCCACCCCGAACCGAAGUCCAGAUUUGGCGGGAAGGCAACGACCGGUUCCCGCGCUCGUCCUCUUCCUCCUCAGCCUCACGCGUGGAUCCGAGCUCUGCGUAGGCCUGCCUUCCUUCCUCCUCCGCCUCUCGUCCAUCCAAAGACGGAAGAACGGUUUCGUCGUCUGCGAAAGCUAGCCCUAGCGAGCAGAGGUAGAGAUUUCGGAAACCAAAGCACACGCACGCGCACGCGCCGCCGCCGCCGCGAGGAGAGCCUCGAUCGGAUCGGUGCGUGGUCGAAGAUGAACGAUGCCGACGUCGGGAAGCAGAUCCACCAGAUGGUGCGGUUCAUCCUGCAGGAGGCCGAGGAGAAAGCCAGCGAGAUCUCGGUCGCCGCAGAGGAGGAGUUCAACAUAGAGAAGCUGCAGCUGGUGGAGUCGGAGAAGCGGCGGAUCCGGCAGGAGUACGAGCGCAAGGUGAAGCAGGUGGACGUCGGGAGGAAGAUCGAGUACUCGACGCAGCUGAACGCGGCGCGCAUCAAGGUGCUGCAGGCGCAGGACGGCGUGGUGGGCGAGAUGAAGGAGGACGCCGGCAGGGGGCUCCUCCGCGUUACCAAGGACGCCACCGCCUACAGGAAGGUCCUCAAGGGCCUCGUCGUCCAGAGCCUGCUCCGGCUGAGGGAGCCGUCGGUGGUGCUGCGGUGCCGGGAGGCGGACCGCGGGCACGUCGAGUCGGUGCUGGAGGUGGCGAAGAAGGAGUACGCCGAGAAGGCCAAGGUGAACCUCCCCAAGAUCCUCAUCGACGGCAAGGUCUACCUCCCGCCGCAGAUGAACACCCGCGACGCCCAUGGCCCGUCUUGCUCUGGAGGAGUGGUGCUUGCGUCGCAGGAUGGCAAGAUCGUCUGCGACAACACGUUGGAUGCGAGGGUGGAGGUCUCUUUCAAGCAAAAGCUUCCUGAGAUCAGGAAGAAGCUCUUCAGCCAGAAAGUGUCACAAUAAGCUUUUCUCUUUUCGGUUUCUUGAUAUUCAGGAAUAAACCAGACGCCGGUUCGCAACAUGUAUAUUUUUGUUGAAGAUUUGCUCCGGUCCAACAAAAAGUACCUCGAAAUACCGGUAUCUUGAGGUA